UGUACGUCACUCCAUGCAUGCGUAGUGAGCUCCCGUCGCGGAAAUCUCCUGAAUUGCAGCGCUAUUCGGGAGUGCAGAAGCGAUAUCUCGCGGUGCAAGGGACGUCGCAACCAUUUUCAUCGAUAACAUGUUUUCAUCUAUAAUGAAAGACACGGGUGAAAUCUGGAGCCGAUUAUUCGACCAUCGUCCGUUCGUCCAAGGAGAAAUCACAUUCUUCUUGCGAGAGUUCCAGGAGAAGCGAGCCGACCGUGAGGUGGAACGUCUUUUUAAGAUACUCGAGUACACAACAGAAUUGAAGGAAAGCCAAUUGGAUCGCACUGAACAGCUCGGGGAUUGUCAUUUACCUAGUCUGAAAGCAAACGCGGAUGUUGCAUUGAGCAUGUGUAAUCGUGUUCUACAAAGAGAAGAGAAUUUUGAUAGUGAUAGUGUUCUGAAUGGAAACAGAUUAGUCAGAAGGAAGGAAUGGGAGAAAUUUGUAAAUGAUAUGAGCGAUAAGUGUCAAAGAGUGGAUCAAACCUUCCAAGAGAAAGAGAACGAAAUACAGGAGUUCUAUAUCGACUUGGAGAAAAAAUUGCAUAUUACAGUAUAGGACAAUACAUUCCCAAAUCUGUCCAUACAA